GAGAGCUGGGGAGCCAGAGUCUGGCCCGAGUUGGCUGGAGCUGUUGCCAUGACAAGCGUUUUCCUAAGAAAGCUCUGCUGUUGAGAUCGUCCAAAGCUGGGGGUUGGGGGGCACGAACUUCCUGGGGAACCAUCCCUCCGAAGACAGCGCGGUCAGAGACACCCGCCCAGCUCCCCUGCACUCAUUUUCUUCCAGGAACCUGAGAGGUCCUUCCUUUGGAAGGGCCGGGGGAGGAGACCCAGCCCAUACCCCGGCCGUAACUGGAAAGGCGAGAGAGCCAAGCCAGCAGCUCUAGCUUGGCUGCCAAUUGGGAAGACCGGUGGGUGGUCGCCCACCCUGCCCCCACCCAUGGACACCCGGAGGGAGAGUCCCGCUUGGAGAAGCCUGGAUCUUUGCUAGAAAGAGAGAGAUCCAGUUGCCAUCGGUAUCCAGGAAGCCGUCCUCUUCCUCCUCCUUCUCCUGCCACCUCUCUACCACCGCAGUUGCUGGUUGUUGCCAAGGUUGCCUCCAUGGUAACAUGUUCAUCCUGUUUAUACCUCCAUCUGGGCAAGUUGGUCUAAGCUAGGAACCUACCUACUCUGGACAACUGCUUCCGUCACCACCUGGGGACACCAAUCAUCGUGACACAAGUCCGGCUUUCACUGAGCUCCCUCAUCCUCUUCCUCCUCGCUCUGCCAGGCUUCAUACAGAAGAAAGGAUCUAAGCUUGGGGUUGCUGUUCUGAAGCUUAUUGCACAAGAUAUAGUCGACUUAUUUCCUAACUGGGCCCCCAGAGAAGCAAGAAGUAGGAAGAAGUGGGGACAAGGAGGCAGGAGACGCUGAUCAGUUGAAAGGAAACUCUACAUCUUGUUUGGUGAGGGGCUUGGUAACAGCAGGCAAAAUGACGAACCCAUCAGAACAUCCCCUGCCGGCCAACUCAAUGGCCGAGAGCCAUGAAGGGGACUUUGGUUUCACAGUAAUGGACCUGAGGAAGCUCAUGGAGCUACGGUCAACUGAUGCACUGACCCAGAUCAGUACCCACUAUGGAGGUGUACAGAAUAUCUGCAGUAGACUGAAAACCUCCCCUGUGGAAGGUCUGUCUGGGAACCCUGCCGAUCUGGAGAAACGUAGGCAGGUGUUUGGACAGAACGUGAUCCCUCCCAAAAAGCCCAAGACCUUCUUAGAGUUAGUGUGGGAAGCCCUCCAAGAUGUCACACUCAUCAUCCUGGAGAUCGCGGCUGUCAUCUCCCUGGUCCUGUCCUUCUACCGCCCCCCUGGCGGAGAGAACGAACGGUGUGGCCAGGGCAGAGGUAGCCCAGAAGAUGAAGGGGAGGCAGAAGCUGGCUGGAUUGAAGGGGCAGCCAUCCUGUUCUCAGUGAUCAUCGUGGUGUUAGUGACCGCCUUCAACGACUGGAGCAAAGAGAAACAAUUCCGAGGGCUGCAGAGCCGCAUCGAACAGGAGCAGAAAUUCUCCAUUAUCCGAAAUGGCCAGCUCAUCCAGCUCCCUGUGGCCGAGAUAGUGGUGGGAGACAUCGCCCAAGUCAAAUAUGGUGACCUGCUGCCUGCAGAUGGGAUCCUCAUCCAGGGGAACGAUCUGAAGAUUGAUGAGAGCUCUCUGACAGGGGAAUCAGACCAUGUCAAGAAGUCCCUGGACAAAGACCCCAUGUUGCUCUCAGGCACCCAUGUGAUGGAAGGUUCUGGCCGAAUGGUAGUGACUGCUGUGGGUGUCAACUCCCAGACCGGAAUCAUCUUCACUCUCUUGGGAGCCAGUGAGGAUGACGAGGAAGACAAGAAGAAGAAAGGUAAAAAACAAGGAGUCCCUGAAAAUCGCAACAAAGCAAAGACCCAGGACGGAGUGGCUCUGGAGAUCCAACCACUCAACAGCCAGGAAGGAAUCGACAAUGAGGAAAAGGACAAGAAGAUAUCCAAGGUGCCCAAGAAGGAAAAGUCGGUGUUGCAGGGCAAGCUCACCCGGCUGGCUGUGCAGAUCGGGAAAGCAGGUCUGAUUAUGUCUGCUAUCACAGUUCUCAUCCUCAUUCUGUACUUUGUGAUUGACAACUUCGUCAUUCAGCGCAGACCAUGGCUCUCCGAGUGUACUCCUAUCUACAUCCAGUACUUUGUCAAGUUCUUCAUCAUCGGUGUCACUGUACUGGUGGUGGCUGUGCCCGAGGGGCUGCCACUGGCUGUCACCAUUUCGCUGGCCUACUCGGUGAAGAAAAUGAUGAAAGACAAUAACCUGGUCCGACACUUGGAUGCUUGUGAGACGAUGGGCAAUGCCACAGCCAUCUGCUCCGAUAAGACGGGCACGUUGACCAUGAACCGCAUGACUGUGGUACAAGCUUGCGUUGGGGGCACCCAUUACCAUCAGAUCCCAAGCCCUGACGUCUUCGUGCCCAAGGUCCUGGACCUUAUUGUCAAUGGCAUUUCUAUCAACAGUGCUUAUACCUCCAAGAUUCUGCCUCCAGAGAAGGAGGGAGGCCUGCCGCGGCAGGUGGGUAACAAGACCGAGUGUGCCCUGCUGGGCUUCGUCACUGACCUGAAGCAGGACUACCAGGCAGUGCGCAACGAGGUGCCUGAAGAGAAGCUCUACAAGGUGUACACCUUCAACUCGGUGCGCAAGUCAAUGAGCACGGUCAUCAAGAAGCCCAGCGGCGGCUUCCGCAUGUACAGCAAGGGCGCCUCUGAGAUCAUCCUGCGCAAGUGUAAUCGGAUCCUGGACCAGAAAGGGGAAGCAUUGCCAUUCAAGAAUAAGGACCGCGAUGACAUGGUGCGCACCGUCAUCGAGCCCAUGGCCUCCGAGGGGCUGCGGACCAUCUGCAUAGCGUACCGGGAUUUCGACGAUGCAGAGCCCUCGUGGGACAAUGAGACUGAGAUCCUCACUCAGCUGACCUGCAUCGCCGUGGUGGGCAUCGAGGAUCCCGUGCGCCCAGAGGUACCAGAAGCGAUUGCCAAAUGUAAACGAGCUGGCAUUACUGUCAGAAUGGUGACGGGUGACAACGUCAACACAGCCCGGGCCAUCGCCACCAAAUGUGGCAUUCUGACACCUGGUGAAGACUUUCUGUGCUUAGAAGGCAAAGAAUUCAACCGACUGAUCCGCAAUGAGAAAGGCGAGGUGGAGCAAGAAAAGCUGGACAAGAUCUGGCCUAAGCUCCGGGUCCUAGCACGAUCGUCCCCCACGGACAAGCACACGCUGGUGAAAGGCAUCAUCGACAGCACUAUCGGGGAACAGCGGCAGGUGGUGGCUGUCACUGGUGAUGGCACGAAUGAUGGGCCCGCUCUGAAGAAAGCAGACGUCGGUUUUGCCAUGGGCAUUGCAGGCACAGAUGUAGCUAAGGAGGCGUCGGACAUCAUCCUGACAGACGACAACUUCACCAGCAUCGUGAAGGCGGUGAUGUGGGGACGCAACGUCUAUGACAGCAUCUCUAAGUUCCUGCAGUUCCAGCUCACGGUCAACGUGGUGGCUGUGAUUGUGGCCUUCACUGGAGCCUGUAUCACACAGGAUUCCCCACUGAAAGCCGUGCAGAUGCUGUGGGUCAAUCUAAUCAUGGACACGUUUGCUUCCUUGGCCCUGGCCACGGAGCCGCCUACGGAUGCCCUGUUGAGGCGGCGCCCCUACGGCCGAAAUAAGCCUCUGAUCUCACGCACCAUGAUGAAGAACAUCUUGGGCCAUGCGGUCUAUCAGCUCACUGUCAUCUUUACCCUAGUCUUUGCCGGUGAGAAGUUCUUUGACAUCGACAGUGGGCGGAAGGCACCUCUGCACUCACCGCCCACCCAGCACUACACCAUAGUUUUCAACACCUUUGUACUGAUGCAGCUCUUCAAUGAAAUUAACUCCCGAAAGAUCCACGGGGAGAAGAACGUCUUUUCAGGCAUCUACCACAACAUCAUCUUCUGCUCUGUAGUCUUGGGCACGUUCAUUUGCCAGAUUCUCAUUGUGGAGUUUGGGGGCAAACCCUUCAGUUGUACACAGCUCAACCUGGCCCAGUGGCUGUGGUGUCUCUUCAUCGCAAUUGGAGAACUUCUCUGGGGCCAGGUCAUCUCUGCAAUCCCUACCCAGUCUCUGAAGUUCCUGAAGGAGGCUGGGCACGGCACCGCCAAAGAGGAGAUCACCAAGGACGCCGAGGGGUUGGACGAGAUUGACCAUGCGGAGAUGGAGCUGCGCCGAGGCCAGAUCCUCUGGUUCCGGGGCCUGAACCGCAUCCAGACUCAGAUCGACGUAAUUAACACAUUCCAGACGGGAGCCUCUUUUAAGGGAGUCCUAAGGCGACCAACCGCUGGGCAACAACUUGAUGUAAAACUUGUUCCUAGCUCCUCCUAUAUCAAAGUGGUCAAAGCGUUCCAUAGUUCCCUCCACGAAAGCAUUCAGAAGCCCAAGAACCAAGACUCCAUCCACAGCUUCAUGACUCACCCUGAAUUCGCCUUAGAUGAGGAAGGGCCGCAAACACCACUCUUGGAUGAGCGCGAGGAGGAAGAUCUUGAAAAGUUUUCUAAGUCUGGAACUCGGGUGCUCCUGCUGGACGGUGAGGUCACUCCACAUGCCAACAAAAACAACAAUGCAGUGGACUGCGACCAAGUGCAGAUUGUCGCCUCCCACACAGAUAGCCCUCUGCACAGCCUGGAGACAUCAGUCUGAGCUUUCAUUCUCCAACUCCCUGCCCUACUUACUCUAUUCCUCUGUCAUCUGUCCCAUCUCUAAGGUGGUGACAAGACUUCUCACUGUCAUGUCAGCUGCUCCCACAUGUGCGUGAACCCCCACCUGACCACAAAGAGGCAAGAGCACAGACCUACAAGGAUUUCGACAUAAACUUGAGUUGGGGUUUGUAGCAGGACCUAGUCAAACCCCAGGCAGGUAAUGGUAGAAUCUACUACUUGGGUAUACCAGUUGUCAUUGCUAAAGAAAUGACAACAGUUCUUUUGGCAUCACUGCAACCCAGAUUCCUCCUCGGCGUUCAUACAGAUGUCACCAUCUCCUGACUCUUGGGUUUUAUCCUAUGAGUUUGUGCCAUUUAUAAGCUAAGUUGAAGAUUCAGGGAGAGACAAAUAUCCCCAGAUGAACUAUGUUGAGGUAGAGCUACAAGGAUAUAAAAUCAGAUAGGAGAGUGUUAUUCAAAACAAUUUUUCCCAUUUUUGGAAACUUGUAUGUAAAGUCCUCUAGCUCUUUCUGUCCUUCUAGUCAAACCUCUCCAUGGUUCUUUUGGUCUCUUGUGAUGAUCCCGGUCUUCCUUUCCUUUCCUUUUUUUUUUCUUUUUUUUAAAGUUAUGAUGAUUAAGAAAAUGCAAAGUACACAAGUGAAUUGAGUGAACUUUGACCAUUCUCCCUCUUGGUUUCAAUAGAACCUUUAAUUUAGUUCUAGAGGCAGACAGGUUUCUUUGCUAAAAGGAUCCGUGGAAGCAAUUAAGAGGUGGUAAGAAUGUUAACAACCCCUUAACCUUGUCAGGUUACCUUUGAUUUUUAAACUACCAUCUUGUCAGGUGUGUGUGGUGUUUUAAGUGCUAGAGCCAUCAGCCUUGACCGAGACGCUUGCAAACGCGUGGUGUAUAGUUUUUAACCAUAGGCCUGAACUUUCUCCUGUUCCUUAAGUGGUGGCAAAAGAAUGACUUGGAUAUUGAGGACCAGAAGCUGACAGGCCUAGGA